GACGUUGUUCGUACGAAUUAUUCAAUUAAUCUAGUCAGUACGCUGAGCAAUCUGAGUCAGAGCAGUCGUAUAUUUAGUGAUAGUGAAUUCACUGUACUAAACCAAACGAAUAUGUCAGAUAAAAAACUUUUUAAACGCGAUGAAAUUAUCAAUCGCAAUUCUAAAACGGAUGCAGUGUUUAUCAUAAAAAAUCAAGUGUACGAUGUAACAAAAUUCUUGGAUGAUCAUCCUGGGGGCCAUGAGGUACUGUUGAAUGUUGCGGGCAAGGACGCCAGUGAGGACUUCGACGACAUCGGUCACAGUAUGGACGCUAAGGAAUUGAUGAAGAAGUAUUUAAUAGGCGAUUUGGUUGAAGAGGACAGAGUGGAGCCUAAAAAACGAAAGUUUGAUUGGGACAAUCCUAAGACUGAAAAUGUAGCAGAAACAAGCUUCACCAGCUCUUGGAAGUUCCCCAUCGUUUUGGGGCUGAUAAUGACUGUCUUGUACACUUAUUUAUUUGGUUAAAUAUUACUUACGUAACAGUGAUACGUCGAUUUAAAUGUAUUUGUCUCACGGGCUUAUUUAAGAGGUUUGAAAAUAAAAAGGGUGAACAAAAUAUAGGGCUUAUAAUUACACCAAUUUGUACAAGACAUUGUUUUUAAUAUAAUUAAUAUUUUUUAUAUUAUUCAAAUUUCAUAAUCAUUUAAGGCAUAUCUCAUCCGUGUGAUAAUGAUUAUUAUAAUACAGAUAUCAGACCGUAAUUAGAACUAAAUUCAUACCCAAAAGUCAAAACACUAACUUAUAUAUAAGAACAAGAAACAUCAAGGUUGUAUAGUGUUUUUGUGGUGAACAUUCUAGAAGAUUCGAAACAAUCUGAUAAUAAAAUCAAGUCAUUGUAAAUUUGUAUAUAUAUUUAAAUACAACAACAGUUUUACUGUAUAAUUGUGUGGCUAAAUUGAAUCUUUCGAGAUUUUUUAUCAUAUGUUUUAUAUUUGUUAAUUUAUAAAAAAAAGUAUAAAAUAUA